AUGCCUCGAUCUAGGAAAUCCAACAAGUCAGCAGGCGCAGCAGCUGCUGUUGCUGCUGCAGGCCUGACUGGUUGGGUGGCUGCUUGCAAGGGAGUGAAACACAAGCGCCAGUACGUCCGCAAUCAUGCUGGAGAGAGACCAGUCAGUUCGCGGGCUUCUAAUCAUGCUUCGCCGCCAGUCCCUCACGGGCAAGACGAGUUUCCCCCUCUGCCGCGGUCAAGCGUUUCAUGCAAUAGCCCCGAGAAUCCGAGCAAGGUCACUACUGCUUCUGUCAACACAGCACCGACAGGCGACCCUCAGGUUCUGAGAACUCGUUGUGGGCCGACAAGAAUAAACAUCUCAGGCGACCCUGUGCAACAAGUCUUAUUAAAAGCGAACAAGCCAUUAGACGCCGCUCCUGCAGCAGCUCCAGAACGAGCCUAUCGCCUUAAUGUGGAUGACAACAGCACGAAAGCAGCAGAUUUUCGUAGUUCGAAUGUCGCUAGUUCACCGCAUCAUUCUCCGCCACGGACAUUAAAGUCCUUCACGCGCUCAAUCAAGAAAAACGAUGAGGGUGACUCUCAGGCACCUGGUGAUUUCCAGCGAUCACAGAUCCACCUGCGAAAGAUGCGGCACGGCUCGAUCCAGACGCGCUCCAAGCCGUGCCAGAUGUUUGCUUCCGGGUACUGCCGUUACGGAGCCAACUGCAGAUACCUCCACGCUGAGCAGGAGCCAUCGUGGCUGGAUAGCAUUGCCCUCAUGGCGGGGUUCCGCACUGCAUGUGUGUUCGAUUGCCUGCAUGUGUUCGAAGCCAAGAGCAGCCGGUCCUCGGUGAAAGGAACCUCUGCAAGUCGUCGCAAUGGGAAGGCAGCCAUGAACACAGACACCGGCCCCAGAAUAUCGGAGGAUCCGACUCCUCUCGGGGCUCAGUAA